ACCCAACCAAAGUCAUCGUCUUGUUUUCGCUUUCGCUUUCGCUUUCGUUUUCGUUUUCGUUUUCAUUCUCGUUCACUGUUUUCGUUUUCUCUGAGAGAUCUCGUCAGAAGAGAUCUCCAAUGGCGAGGGCCGUGCGCCACACCCGGGCGUACCCGGGCCGGAGGACAUCGCCCUACAUGCUGGUUCUUGGGAUGUUGCUCAUGCUCUCCGUUGCUCUCCUCAUGCUGCUCGCCCUCGGCAUCGUCUCCCUUCCUGUUGGCUCCGAUGAAUCCUCCCUCGCUGGUCGCCGCCCUCAUAGAUCCGCUGUUGAGACGGAUGGAAUGGGGCAGAGAAAGGAGCCGUGGACUGAGGUGCUUUCUUGGGAGCCUAGGGCUUUUAUCUACCAUAAUUUCUUGUCCAAGGAGGAGUGUGAGUACCUAAUUAAUCUGGCAAAGCCUCACAUGCAAAAGUCUACGGUUGUUGACGGUGAGACUGGUCGAAGUAAAGACAGCAGGGUUCGAACUAGCUCAGGCACUUUUCUAAAAAGAGGGCGUGACAAAAUUAUACGUAAAAUUGAGAAAAAAAUAUCAGACUACACCUUCUUACCUGUUGAACAUGGGGAGGGACUUCAAAUUCUGCAUUAUGAAGUUGGGCAGAAAUAUGAACCUCACUUUGACUAUUUUCAAGAUGAAUUCAAUACUAAAAAUGGGGGGCAGAGAAUUGCUACUGUUCUAAUGUACCUUUCUGAUGUUGAAGAAGGUGGGGAGACUGUGUUCCCUUCUGCCAAAAUAAACAGCAGUUCCUUGCCAUGGUAUAAUGAGUUAUCAGACUGUGGGAAGAAGGCGCUUUCAGUUAAGCCAAAAAUGGGAGAUGCUUUACUCUUUUGGAGCAUGAAACCUGAUGCUAUUCCAGAUCCCAUGAGUUUACAUGGUGGAUGCCCUGUGAUUAAAGGGAACAAGUGGUCAUCUACAAAGUGGAUACGAAUUAAUGAGUACAAAACCUAAUGUAAAAGAGUAAAGGUUUCAAAUCACACUGAAGCGUAGUGAAUUCCCGUCCAAAGAGCCAGUCGAAGUUAUUUCCUCACUCAAUGUUAUUUUUCCAGCUGAAUGAAUAAGGUGUAGUUCUCCAUGUCCUCUUCAUUUUUGCAAAUAGUUUUUG